CAUGCGCAGAAACGUUGAGCGCUCAUUGAAAGCUGGCUAGUUUGCUAGUGUUGUCUUGCUCGCCUGGGUAGCGUUGUUGGAUUGUGUAGGCAGUGUGUUGUUUGCGUCUUCAUUUCUAUCAUAGCGCGAGCUGCAGAAUGAGUAAAUCUAGUUAUAAAUCGGUCGGCGGUGGCAGUACGGAGGAACUCGAUAAGGUUGACAUGUCUUUAGAUGAUAUUAUCCGGUUGAAUAAGAAGCAGAAACAAUUCCAGGCCCAGACGACAAAGCGCAGACUCCCGGUGAAAGGUCGCUUCACUCAAGGGAAGAAAACUGGGCCAAGAGCUGCAGUGCCAUUUAAAAGAGGAGGUGUUGUGAACAAACGCUUCACUCGAAACCGCAAGCUUCCUCCCACAGUGGCCAGGCGUCGUGGGCAGGGGGUCAUCACUGGUUUAGCUGCGAGAAAAAAUGCCGUCCUGUUUAAAGGGAUCAGUCCGCUCAACCGACCCGUCCAGAACAGACCUGCUCCGAACAGACAGAUGCCCAACAGUGCAGCUGUUAACCAGAGAUCUCAGCCGUUUGUCCAGCGGCGACAGAUGCAGAUCCAGAGGAGACCAAACAGACAGAUGGACUCUCAGAAACCUCAGGGCUCAGUUUCUUACAGACCGGUUCGGCUUCACAGAAGAUGGAAUGCUCCAACUGCUCAGCAAACACAGAGAGAAGCACGACAGGCCACCUUCCUCUUCAGAAGAGGAAUCAAAGUUCAUGCACAAGUUCAGAAGACAAAGUCUGCUCAACCCACACAGAGAACGCGCUCGUGGCGCACUCCUACAAACAACAGUGGCAUCCUCACUGUGUCAAUAGACAACCCCACAGCUAGAACACAGCCCGAGCCGGCUCAGUCCUGGUCCCUGCACCCCGUGACUCCAGCACGCCCCUCACCUCCUCAAGAGGAGCCGGAGAGGAAACCUCCUAAAGGUGUCGCCCUGCAGUUUGAUAUCAACAGUGUUGGGAAACAGACUGGAAUGACCCUCAGCGAGCGGUUCCGCCUCCUGAAGGACCAGCGUGUGGCGGCAGCACAGCAGAGCAGCAAAGGAGGCCGCUUCGUCACUGUGGCCUAGAGCUGAACUCUGAGACUCUGUUCCUGUGAUCAACAACAAUCCUCCUACAGGACAGAACAGGCACACAGCUGAACGAACGCUGUUCAUGACUCAAAAGUGAUUAGCCCUAAUGCAGGAGACUUCAUCAGAAAGUGGAUAUGCCGGUUCUCCGGAGGAGGAGACUUUGGGGAAGUGACAGAUUUUUUUUUGUUUUUGUUUAUUUUCUAAAAAGCUGCCAUUCAGUCCUCACAAAGCAAAUAUUAACUGUUGUCCUUGAGUUUCAGUUACGUUGUCGUCUCCUGAACUGCCCUUGGUGUGUGAUGGCAUAAAGAAGUUGCAGCUCUAUGACUUUAAACAUUUCUGGAUAGACUUUUUUUUUUUUUUCAUAAAGCAGAUGUAUGAAACAGAACUUUUUGUAGAGCAAAAAAGACUGUUUAAAGAUGUUUUAUAUUAUUUCAAUUAAAAAACAUUGUGAAA